AUGCGGAGCCUUCAGCACCAGCUGUUUUUUCUCUCCAUUUCUCUCAUCUUUGCGACCAGUGCCCAAGGAGUCCAGCUGUUUGGAUAUGAAGGCACAGAUGUAAAGGUUUCCUGCCCAUAUGAUCAAGGCUAUGAGGAUUAUGAGAAGUACUUGUGCAACAAAGCUUGUGCCUGGGAAGAUGUUCUUAUUAUCACAUCACAAACAAAUAAAACCAAAUACUCAAUUUAUGAUGACAAAAAGUCAAGAAUCUUCACAACGACCAUCUCUGAUCUUCGCCCCGCCGAUGCUGGGGCACACUGGUGUGGGGUGUCAAGAAAUGCAAAAGAUAUAUACACUGAACGCAAUCUAAAAAUAUUACCAGACAGCUGCUGUGACAAUGUGGUUGAAAUCCAAAGUUAUGAGGAUGGCUCAGUGUCCAUCAGUUGUCCGUAUGAAUCCAUUGAUAGCAGCUACCUGAAGUACAUCUGCAGAGGAACGCAGCCUUCAGUGUGUCUGCAGCAGGCGUUGAUCACCUCAGAAUCCUCACAAGACACCAAGUUCAAACUCAUCGAUGAUUUCAGGUCCAGCAAUUUCACAGUUAGGAUUUCCAGUCUGGCUCUGGAGGACUCUGGGUCGUACCUUUGUGGUGUCCAUAGAAACACUGGACUUGAUGUCUUUUCUGCUGUCAAGCUGCAGGUCAAAGAAUGGUGCUGUGUGAAGACCCAGACCAUGCGCGGCACUGUGGGAGGUUCACUAACUUUGUACUGCCCUUAUCCUCCGCAACACCACGGUAACAAGAAGUUCCUCUGCCGAGGAAGCCAGCGCAGAGCCUGCGAACGUGUGGAGAGUCGGAGCAGAUUCACUCUGCAGGCCGGCUCCUCCAACUCGUUCCAGGUGACCAUCUCAAAGCUGGAAGCAGAUCAUGAGAAGCAGACCCCUACCGUGGCAACAAGUACAUCUCCCCUAAUCAGAAAGGAGUCAACACAUCCUGCUGACGGACCUGAUAAAGAUGCAGCUGGCUAUGUGGUUUACGUGGUACCUGCUGUACUGCUGGCCUUAUUCAUACUGAUAGUCAUAGUUUACAAGCAGAAAUGCCGCAAAGACCAAGGAGCAAAAGUUGCAAACAGUAACAAAGCCAUGGAGCAGCACAUGCAGGAAGCGACGCAUGCAGAAGAAAUUUAUGAAAAUCAUGAUGCUGUAAUCAAGUCAAUAAAGUCCUCCCCCAAAACCCAGAACGUCCGUUACCAUCAUGAUGGCGCAGAUGAAGAACAACCAGACUAUGAAAACUUCAUAAUAACAGAGGAACUCUACUCUAAUGAAUUCUACCCUAAAGCCAACAAGCGAUAAGAGUGUGCACAUCUGUUGUCAAGCACUGGCUUAAGCUUUUAUGUGAGUACAACUGCUGAUUUUUAGAUGAUGGACUGUUUACACAAAACAAUUCAGUUUAUUAAUUGUUUUUAUGGCUUGUUUUCCUUUAUCAUUUUUUUUCAUAUGCUUGGUGUUGGUUUUCCUUUUUAAGCACACUGAUACUUUUCCGAUAUACUGAACUUGCUGCUUUACUUGUCCAGUCUGAACGUGAACAGCAGUGUUUACGGCCACCUAAAAUGGCAAUAUGAAAUCUAGAUUACGCUUUGAAUUGCAUGAAAAACACUGACCAAAAUGCAUUACUUUUUAAAUGAAUGUUUUUGUUGUAUCGUUAUUAAUUAAAGAAGGCCAGA